AUGGAAGAGGGGAAAAACAUUUUAAAAGAACUGAAGGUAGACUGGGAUCAAACACUACACGAGAACUUCAAUCCGUUACAAAUGGCCCUAAGAGUAUCUUCGAAUCCCAGCAAGCACAGGGAGUUUCACGGAAUGCUCCACAGGUUAGAACAAACAAUGGAUAAGAUAAUCUCCUCAAACUUCCAAGGGUUUAGCGAAGCAUUCCAAACAUUCAGCGAUUACAAACAAAUGAACAACACCAUUUUAAAUACCUAUUGUGAUGUGGAAAACAAGCUUGCAUCCCUACACAUUAUUGAAGUUUUGCCAUCCAACGAGAAUGUACUGGCAGCUGAUCUGGAAAACCAAGAAAUAAAGGCAAAAUACGAAAUAUGUGCCAUGAUUGCGGAUGCUAGGAACCUAUAUAAAAGCUUUCUAGUCAGCCAGGAUCCCACACGAAAGUCUGAACUGAUUGUAAAGGCUUUGAGUGUUCUAGGAGAUCCCAGACUAUUCCAAAUCAAAGGUGUUUUCGAAUAUUAUAAAAUAAUACUACGAAGCUACCAGCAGUUUUCAGAUGAAAUCAAUAAGAAAUUACUGGAUUUUAUCGUUAGAAAUGAGAUUGAAAAUAGUCAUUUCUACAAUGUUGUUGUUGAUCUACAAUCCAUUUCGAAAUUUGAUGAUUACUGCCUUAAGCAUUUUCAAAAAGAAGUUUUUAGGCUAUUUGAAGACAUAAUAUUAGUCACAAGUAAGAGUAUUAACGAUGAAGAUCCUAUUAACGUACAGCAGGGUGGAAAUAGAAUAUCCAUGCUGGAGGUCCUGUGUGUAAAAAUAGCCAAGGCUGUUGAGUGCAUUAUAGAUAAUAUGUCGUUUAUUAUUAACAAGUCAUCAGCUAUGUUUGUUAAGGUCGAUCAAGAAGACUUCUUCGGUAAGAAAAAAUCCGAAGCCAAUUUCAUUUUUGAUUUAAGUGGGUGCAUGAAUGCCUUGAGAGGAGUGCUGAGAAAUUUUUUGGACAGAUACUCAUUUGAGCCCGAGAAGAGCGACCAGUUUGAUAUUAAUUUCAUAGCUGACACCUUUGAUUAUACUAAAGUAUAUGAUGAAAAUUCUUCAAUCUAUCAGAGACUGAUGAAGAGUUCAAAGAAGAUAGUCCGGAAUGGCAGCAGUUUUACUUUGAUUACACCUGUCAAUCCCGAGACUAUUUCGUUUUUAUUGAAAUACAUUCAAAACCACGAGAUUAGGAGUUUUUUGUAUCAAACAGUUGAGACCAGACUCUUCUCCGAUGCUAUUCUCAAUAGUAAAAUCGGCAAAAUUCAGCAAAUCAUUAACGAAAUAUGUGACUCCUGUCGGAUAAGUACCAAAUGA